AUGCCGUCCACUGCUCCCAGUCCCACCAACGCCCAGCGCGAAUCAGUGCGCAUUCAUCGAAUCACGAAAGAGAAUCGCAGCCUUUGGUAUCAGUUGACCGUUUUGCAGCAGCCAGAACGAGCCAGGGCAUGUGGCUCGGGUAUGAAAGCGAACAGUGACAGACGACCUGUCGAUCCUCCGCCGGUCGUCGAGUUGCGCAUCAUCGAAGGCCCUUCUGUCGAGGCAGGGAAGGACGUCACCUUCGACUACAAUGCUAAUUUCUUCUUGUACGCUAGCCUGGAACAGGCUCGUGUCAUGGCUCACGGUCGCGUUCAAAACACAGCAGCCACCAACCCUCCCAUACUGACUGGUGUUCCUGCAUCGGGCAUGGCUUACUUGGAUCGUCCUGCCGAAGCUGGCUAUUUUAUAUUCCCCGACCUUUCUGUACGACACGAAGGAUACUUUCGCCUGUCAUUCAGCUUAUUCGAGACGACCAAGGAGGAGAAGGAUUUUGAUUUGGAACCUGCAGAACCCGAUCUACCCCCGGGUGUUGACUGGCGGAUGGAAAUCAAGACGCAACCUUUCAACGUCUACAGCGCAAAGAAGUUCCCCGGGUUGAUGGAAAGCACCCAGCUGAGCAAAACCGUUGCGGACCAAGGUUGUCGCGUGCGAAUCCGGCGAGAUGUUCGAAUGAGAAAGCGCGACGGGAAGGGAAGCGGAUAUGACCGAAGAGAAGACGAUUAUCGCCGCCGUACCGUUACACCCGCUUCAGAGGAACCCCACGGCCUUCACACUCGGUCUCUUGGCAACAACAACAACAACAACAACAACAACAACAACAACAACAACGACAGCAACGGCAGCAACGCGAGCCAGCAACGUGUUCCCUACGGGGCAGAUACGCCGAGGCGAGUAUCCGUCGUGGAUUCGCAUCAUCCGCCGCCGCCUGGCUACAACGCCCCUCCCCCCAGCCGUGGGAGUCAUUUGUCGUUUGGAGGAAACCAUGCAAACCAUGCCACUCCUCAGUAUGCCUACCGGCAGUAUCCUGCUCCGCCCCAGACGAGUACGCAUCUGCCGACGACGACGCACUAUUCGUCUGCUCUAUCCUCGCCGUACAUCAAGUCGGAGCACAGUUAUCCCCAGCGUGGACGAAGCUUAAGCUCGACAUGCCCUUCUCCUUGCUCGUCUCCGUGUGUCAAACGAGAGUCGUCAUAUGAACAGGUGGCCUGCACCUAUCACGCACCAACAUCACCCGCCGUUUCCGACAGCACCUCGGGGCGCGAGCCCCAGCGUAACUACUCACUCGCAUCUUUGCCGCCUCAAAAGCCGCCUCGCCAGACAUGCGCAUCGUCCUUGGCCCCGCUCAAGAUUGCGGCUUUGGUGUCUCCAUCUCCCCCGCUCCCUCCCAUUGAGGCGCAAACAGAGCCGCUUCCUCCGCCUCCGGCCCUACCUACAGGGGGCAAGCGGAAACAUGACCACGUCUUCACGCACAUCUCCCUUCCAGUAUAUAACUGUCAGCGGCGGCAUGAUACGGAAUGUCGUCGCAUUCAGGGCAUGACACCCGACCCCGAUCAAGGUUUAUAUACCCGCGCCGAUGGCAAAGUCGAGUUUGUGCAGUUUAAUCAAUUUUCCGAUGUCUUUGCAGGAUGA